AUGGAGAAAGCCUCAAUCUUUGCCAAGAAUCAAGAUGUGGAAACCAUGGCCCAACAAUUCGAUUUCCUUUCAGGAUCAAGAACAAGCAGCCGGAUUACUGUGGCUAUCCUGGGUUUGAUCUAUCUUGCACUGAAUCACAACAUACUUUGCUUGAGCUCCCAAAUUCAGUCAAACUCUACAUUGAUAGAAUUGAUUAUUUGUUCUUCUAGAUAUGUGUUGCAUGCAGGUAUAGUACUAGGUGCCUUUCUUCUUGUAGUUGUUGGCUUUCUGCUUUACCGUAUUUACAGUUCAGACAGAGCAGAAAAAGAAAAUCAAAGAAGGAUUGAAAAGUUUCUUGGGGAUUACAAAGCUCUCAAGCCAGCUAGAUAUUUAUAUUCUGAUAUAAAAAGGAUUACCAAUCAUUUUAAGGACAAAUUGGGGCAAGGAGCAUAUGGAUCAGUGUUUAAAGGAAGCCUUUCUAGUGAGAUUUUUGUGGCUGUAAAGGUCCUAAACAAUUCGGCAGGUGACGGGACAGAGUUCAUUAAUGAAGUGGGAACAAUGGGUAAAAUUCAUCAUGUCAAUGUGGUUCGCUUGGUUGGGUACUGUGCAGACGGAUUUAGAAGAGCUCUAGUUUAUGAGUAUUUGCCAAAUGAAUCGCUUGAGAAAUUUAUAUUCUCAAAUGAUGAAAAGGAUAUUCCUCUUGGUUGGGAGAAGCUCCGAGAUAUUGCACUUGGCAUAGCCAAAGGAAUUGAAUAUCUUCACCAAGGGUGCGAUCAACGAAUACUCCAUUUCGAUAUCAAGCCUCACAACAUUUUGUUGGAUGAAAAUUUCAAUCCCAAGAUUUCUGAUUUUGGUCUCGCCAAGUUAUGUUCCAAGGAUCAGAGUGCUAUUUCCAUGACUACAGCUAGGGGCACGAUGGGCUAUAUUGCACCUGAAGUGUUCUCUAGGAACUUUGGAAAUGUGUCCUAUAAAUCAGAUGUUUAUAGUUUUGGAAUGGUGUUGCUAGAUAUGGUUAGGGGGAGGAAGAACAUAGAUUUUGCAGAUGGUAGCCAAGUCUACUUCCCAGAGUGGGUAUACAAUCGUCUGGAUCAAGGAGAAGAGCUGAGGAUCAGAAUCAAAGAAGUGAAUGAUGAAAAGAUUGCAAAGAAACUCAUAUUUGUCGGACUAUGGUGCAUCCAGUGGAAUCCCAUGGAUCGCCCCUCGAUGAAGGCUGUAGUACAAAUGUUGGAAGGAGAAGGAAACAAGUUAACGAUGCCACCUAAUCCAUUUGGCUCUGCAGGUGCUACAUUGGCUUCUGCAGGUGUUACAAGAAUGGAUGUAAAUCUAGCAAGGAGGCAUCUUCCCCAGGAGUUGGCAGCGAUAGCUGAAACAGAGUGAUUCCAAAGCAAGUGCAGUUAAUUUGUAGCACUUGUGCAUAAGUUUAUUGUACUGUUGCAUUUUCAUUAUUUAUGGAUGAGCAAUGAAAUUCAGGUACUAGAUAAUAAGUACCAGUAAUGGAGCAUAUUUUUCCUCCAUUAUUUGUAUUA